AGGGAGAGGCGGGGCCGGUAUCUCCUCCUUCCUCCGGAAAGCGGAAGCGGAAGUGACGUUCGGGGAAGGUGGGGGCAAUCAUGGUGCCGCUGGGGAGGGGAGAAGCAGCCGCUGCCGCCGUUGCCGGGAGCCGCCGAGACAGGUCAUUACCUUUCCAUUUCUCACAAUUGGGCUGAGCACGAUUGAACCAUGGGGGAACACAGUCCAGACGACAGCAUCAUCUACUUUGAGGCAGAGGAAGAUGAGCUGACCCCCGAUGACAAGAUGCUCAGGUUUGUGGAUAAAAACGGACUGGUGCCUUCCUCAUCUGGAACUGUUUAUGAUAGGACAACUGUUCUUAUUGAGCAGGACCCUGGCACUUUGGAGGAUGAAGAUGACGAUGGACAGUGUGGAGAACACUUGCCUUUUCUAGUAGGGGGUGAAGAGGGCUUUCACCUAAUAGAUCAUGAAGCAAUGUCCCAGGGUUAUGUGCAACACAUUAUCUCACCAGAUCAGAUUCAUUUAACAAUAAACCCUGGUUCCACGCCCAUGCCAAGAAAUAUCGAAGGAGCAACUCUCACUCUACAGUCGGAAUGUCCAGAAACGAAACGUAAAGAAGUAAAGCGGUACCAGUGCACCUUUGAGGGCUGUCCCCGUACCUACAGCACAGCAGGCAACCUGCGCACCCACCAGAAGACUCACCGAGGAGAGUACACCUUUGUCUGCAAUCAGGAGGGCUGUGGCAAGGCCUUCCUCACCUCCUACAGCCUCAGGAUCCAUGUGCGAGUGCACACGAAGGAGAAGCCAUUUGAGUGCGACGUGCAGGGCUGUGAGAAGGCGUUCAACACGCUGUACAGGCUGAAAGCACAUCAGAGGCUUCACACAGGGAAAACGUUUAACUGUGAAUCCGAAGGCUGCAGCAAGUACUUCACCACACUCAGCGAUCUGAGGAAGCACAUUCGAACCCAUACAGGAGAAAAGCCAUUUCGGUGUGAUCAUGAUGGCUGUGGGAAAGCAUUUGCAGCAAGCCACCACCUUAAAACUCACGUCCGUACACAUACUGGUGAAAGACCCUUUUUCUGCCCCAGUAAUGGCUGUGAGAAAACAUUUAGCACUCAAUACAGUCUCAAAAGUCACAUGAAAGGUCAUGACAACAAAGGACACUCAUACAACGCACUUCCAAAUCACAGUGGAUCAGAGUACGCUACGCUGUAUGAUCCUGUCUUGCGAUGCCGGGCAGUGGGAGCGAGCCACAGCCCCAUCAGCCCUGCGAUCACAAGGGAUACAAAUCACUCACUUUGUCUGAGUGACUUGAGCCUUCUGUCCACAGAUUCUGAACUGCGAGAAAAUUCUACAGGCCAGGACCUCAGCACAAUUUCACCAGCAAUCAUCUUCGAAUCCAUGUUCCAGAAUUCCGAUGACACAGCAAUUCAGGAAGAUCCUCAACAGACAGCUGCCUUGAUUGAAAGUUUUAAUGGUGAUGCAGAGUCAGUCAGUGAUGUUCCGCCAUCCGCAGGAAAUUCAGCAUCUCUAUCUCUUCCACUUGUACUGCAGCCUGGCAUCUCCGAGCCACCCCAGCCUCUACCACCAGCCUCAGCACCGUCUGCUCCUCCGCCUGCUCCUUCCCUAGGAACUGGUUCCCAGCAAGCUGCAUUUGGCAACCCCUCUGCUCUCUUACAACCUCCGGAAGUGCCUGUCCCCCACAGCACACAGUUUGCUGCUGCUCAUCAGGAGUUUCUUCCGCACCCUCAGGCCCCACAGCCCGUCGUGUCGGGGCGCUCUGUCGUUGCCGGGGCCUCGGCGGCGGCACCAGCCGUGGCAGCACCGCCCCAGUCACAGAGUACUACUGAGCCCCUGCCGGCCAUGGUCCAGACUCUGCCUCUGGGCGCCAACUCUGUCCUGACUAAUAAUCCCACUAUCACCAUCAGCCCGACGCCCAGCACGGCCAUCCUUCAGUCCAGCCUAGUCAUGGGAGAACAGAACUUACAGUGGAUCUUAAACGGUGCCACCAGCUCACCGCAAAACCAAGAACAAAUUAUUUUAUUGAAAAGGUGGUACGGAGAAUUUCCAUACACUCCUGGCCACCCCACCACCACCACCCAGUUUGCCCUGUUAGUAACAUCUUUCAUUAGUCUGGCACAUUUGUUACAGCUGAUGACUCAGUAUCGAUAUAUUAUUACUAACUAAAGUCUGUGGUUUACCUUAGGGCUUACUCUGUGUGUGCACCAUUCUGUGGGUUUUGACAAAUGCAUGAUGUCAUGUGUCUCCCAUUACUGUAUUCAGAGUAUUUCACCACCUUAAAAAUCCCUAUUCUUCCCUUAUUCACCCCCUCCCUUACCAGCCACUGAUAUUUUUACAGUCUCUAAAUGUCUGUAUGUCUAAAUGUCACCCACUUUGCUAAACUAAGCACUUUUCAGUGCUUUGCUCAUUUAAUCACAACAAUCCUAGGAGGUAGGUAUGGAAAGCUGAGGCCCAGAGAAGUUAAGUGACUAGCUCAAGGUCACACAGCUCAUGAGCGGCAAAGCUGGGAUUUAAGCAUAAACAGAUUGAUCCCAGAGCCUGUGCUCCUGACUGCUACAUCAUGCUGUCAGAUGAGGGGUGCAGAGAGUCGGGGCUUGUUGGGUAACCGUCUGCGGCAGGUGAGCCUUGAGGUAUGAGGAGGACGUAGAUAGACUAAGUAGGAGAAUGUCGGGGUGGAUGUAUGACGCGGUCAAACUGGAAAGGUAGUCUAAGGCUCAGCAGUGAGGCCAGAGCGUUCAGAUUCCAUCGAUCGGGCUCCAGCCACCUCGGGAGGCCACCUUGGUUUCACGUUCAGAUAGCCAGAGUCACUGGAAAGGCCUUUUUGGUGUCGUAAUCUAGUCUGCUCCAUGUCAUUUUUAUCAUUUUUCUUCUGGAUCUGCCCUGGGGAGCUGCAUGGGGCAGGUGUCAUUCCUUUUCCAUACAAUUCAUUUUUGUGUAUUUAAAUAUGGCUCUCAUUCUUCAUUGUUAUUUUAUUGUGUCAGCUUCUGUAACUUAGCCAGAAGCUUUCACAUUCCUCCUAGACUCAGCCUAGAGGGACCUUUCCUCCCCUUAAAGGGAUAAAAGACAAAGCCUUUUUAAGAUAAUACUUCAAGAAAGCAGAAAUCCUAUAGCGAGUGUAACAGGAAGUGUUAGCACAGUGAAACGGGUGAUCUGCGGGCCGCACUCUAUGGUCCGCCUCACAGUAACAUGAAUAGCGCAUGUUUGCUGUGGGCUCAGCACAUGCCUCAGGCUCCACACGCCUCCUCUCAUUUCACCCUCACGGGGCCCUCUGGGGGGCGUCCUUUGGUUAUCAUCCCCAUUUUACAGAUGAGGAAACCGAGACUCUAAGAGGUUAAAUCACUUGCCUGGCCUCAACAAGUAAGAGGUGGCAGGGCUUGGACUUGAGGCCAGGGCCUACCAUUUAGCUGCUACCCUGUGCAGCUUACAGCACACCUUACGGGGCUCUACUGCCAGUGAGAGGAAGUCUUCUCUGGUCCUUAGCGUGCAGCUUGAUCCUUGAGGAGACAAAAGAACUUUCCAGCCUCACAGAAGUUGGGGUGUGGCGGCAGUGGAGGGCUUGUAGGGAAGCUAGUCCUGGGGAUCCCUGUGAGAAGACCCCAGCUUAAGCAGAGCAACCUUGGCGGAGCCUUUGGGCAGACAGAACCUACUAGAUUGGGCAGCUGGAUGACAGCCAAGUAGUAGGGGACAAAGCCGGCUGCAUCGUCAGCACUGAAUGUCAAACAGAGCAGUGACCUCAUGUCAGAGCACAAACAAAACAUCACUCAGUGCAAAAAUCCUUGAACACUGAGGGUUUUCUGUCCUCUUGGAUGACCAGUACAAUUGGGCAGGCUUCAGGUCCUUGGAGAUCUGCCAUACUUGAGUGGCCAUAAAUGUGAUUUUUUUUUUCC